UGCCCCUCUCCCUCGACGGCGAAAGGAAAGCGAAAGGCCGCCCGGGGGGCUAUAAAGGGGCCCGGCGCCGAGCAGUGGGCAGCAAGAGCCAGCUGCCAGGACCAUCUUUGCGCCCCUCACCUGCCAGCCCCGACGGCCAUGGCUCUCUUCCUCCGCCGCCCGCUGCAAGCCCUCGCCCUCCUGGCCGGCGCCCUCUGCGUCCUCCUCGCCGCAAGAGGGGAUGCAGAGCCCGCCCAGGACUGCUGCCUCCGCCUUCCUCCGCAGCCGCAGCCUUUCAGCCGGAAGAUGCAGAAUCAGUUGAUCUCGUAUCGCUUCCAGGGGCCCCAGAUGGGAUGCCAGCGGGAGGCGAUUGUAUUCAUUACCAAGAAGGGCCGUGAGCUGUGUAUCUCUCCAGAGGCAAACUGGGCUCCAGAACUCAUGAGGAAAAUAGACGCGAAGAUCAGGAAGGCAAGAACAAACCAAUGAGGACUCUGAGGACUGCUAAUGUUAGAUCCCGGCCACAGCGACUGAUCAGCUGGAUGUCCAAAGAAAUCCCACUGGCACAAAUGGGAUGAAAGACUAUCUCCCUCACGUAUCACCUCUUCUGCUUUCACCUGCGUGCCUUCAGUCCUUUCUCCAGAUCACCCUUGCGUAUGGUUGUCCCGUCCAGGGCUUUAAGCCUCCUUUUCGAUGACUUCGACUUGAAAUGUCAGUGUGUUCAUUCCCAGAUUAGAACCUUGAGCAGGUCGGGGUCCUAACACUCAACCCCCUCGUCCCCAGACUGUAGAGGGAACCUUUGAGCCUCUGAGAGUCUUGUACCCAGGAAAGGCCUUAAUUUAGGUCUCGGAACAUGAGCAAAGUGCAUUCCUUUUCACCCCCAAACAGCCACGACCCCAUCUCCCUGCACCUGGGGAAGCGGGUGAUUUCUGGGCAGGAUUGGGCCCCAGCACCUGGCAUGUCCUUCAAGAUGGCAGCUUUCCUUUUGCAGUUAUGACAGUGUCCAUAGGCAAUGGGAGUUUUUAUAUUUCGUUUUACAAAAACUGUGAAAAACAUCUAGUGUGAAUUUGUGAAUAUCUGAAAUGUAGUGGAUGAUGCAAAGGGAGGGAGGGGGAGGUUAAUUUUCACUGUGAUGAGGGGGGCAGCUAGCAUUUCCACUUCACCCCCAACAUGUAGCCAUGGGGAAUAGAUGCAAGUUUUAGCUGGUGUUUGAGCAAGAGCCUUCCCAACUCUUCUCUGGGGGUUCAGCCUCUCUCAGCGUUAGCAAUUCUAGCUGUGGUAAUUAGGAGUGGGAAAGUGGUACAGCCCUCUUGUUUGUGUUAAUCUCUGCCAUGCAAACUAUAAACUACACUGCUUGGAUCUGCUGUGGAAUAGCCUGAUGUUUUAUACUGCAGUUUGUUGAAUAAAAGCACUUAUUUCUUACAA